AUGCCCAGUCUUCUAUAUGUAUCAUCCGUACUCCUAGCCACGUCGUCUGCCACAGUGACAUACCUCUAUUUCCUCCACCGUUCUCUUGGAGAUCGCAUCCACCACGAGUUUCACCAGAGCGAACUCCCUGAUUCUGUUUCUACGAUCCUAUCGCUUCCUGUAGAGGUCUCUCGUGGAGAAUACCGCACAUUCUAUGACCAUGCUUCCCGUCGCGUCGCGCGCAAACUACUUCCGGCGCAAAAGUUAGAAGACUUGUUCACACUACUCCUACGUCGCAAUAUGACAGCCUUCUCUCGAUUUCCACAAGCCUGGAUACUAAGAUUGACUGUCCCACCUGCAGACCGCAUAACCUUCCAUGCAUCUCAUAUCCAAUCACUCCAGUUCAAAGAAGGCGAUCUCGUCUGUGGACUUUACCGUGUCCAGGAACGGACACCUAGUAAAGCCGUGCUUGAAUUGCUGUUCAAAGGGGAGGUCAGCGGACGGAUGGUUAUUCGAUUCUGGGAAGAUGGCGAGGAUGUUGUUUUUUGCACGGAGACGAUCAUGUGGACAAGGAAGGUAAACGCCGGACAAGGAAAGAGAGUUAUUGUGCCGCUAGAGAAUCCUAUGUUGAAGUUCCUCCAUGAGAUGGCUGCAUGGUGGUUGAUUGAUUCUGGUGUCACUUAUCUGCUGGAUCUUAAAGGAAAUUCACCGUUGGAGGCGUCAAGUUAA